AGGCCCCCGUGCGCACGCAUCGCGCAGCGGCGCGUGGAACCCGAGGCCUCGUCGUGCCCAGCGGGGGCGGAGUGGAUGGCGGCCCAGGAUGGCGUGGGCACGGGCCAGCCCUGGGAGGCUCGGCUGCAGUGGCUGGGCAGCUGGAUCUCCAGUUGCGACGUGCUGAAGCGUGCGGCCGACCGCCUGGGGUGCAGUCCGUGGGCGCUCGCCGUGGCCAGCUGCUUCUGGAGACGGCGGGGUUCCUCUUCUGGGGCUUCACGGGCGAGCUGGUCUGCUUCCUGGCCGGGCUCGUGUACCCCAUGUGGGCUUCUUUCCGCGUCCUCGAGGACUUCCACGAAGACCCUGCCGGCGGCGCUCCGGAAGAAUGGCUCGCGUACUGGGUUUCGCACACGGCCCUGACGCUGCUCGAGUGCGUCCUUCGCCGGUUCCUCGAGCUGAUCCCCUUCUACUACCCGCUGAGGCUCUUGUUCAUCGUGUGGAUGUUCCACCCCGAGUCGCGCGGGGCGGCCGCGGUCUACAGGUGGGCGGUCGCCCCCGCGCUGCGGCUGCAGCGCCCCGCCGUGGACGCGGUCCUGGCGCAGGCGGCCGCCAGGGCGCACGAGGCGCUCGGCGGGGAGCUGCGCGAGGGGCUCUGCGAGGGUCUGCGCAGCGCGGCCGCGAGCGGCGUCGGGUACGUGCGCGACCUCGGGGUGGAGGACGACUUGAUGGCGCAAGAGCUCAAGAAGGCGGCGGCGGCGCACCUCAUCAAGACUGCUGGCCAGGCCGUGGGCCCGGACGCGCCGCGCCUCUCCUCCGCGCGGACGCGGGCCGACACGCCCCCGCCCAGGCCGUGCUCUGCACAGCAGGCCAGCCAGGAGGAACGCUGAGGCCGCGCCCGCGGGGCGUCCGUCUCUUGGCCGCAUCCCGCCACUCCGCCUGCCUGCGCGCCCUCCUCCUCCUCCUCCUCCUCCUCCUCCUUUUCCUCCUCCUGCUCCUCCUCGUCCUCCUCCUCCUCCCUUUGCUUCGACCUCGCUCCGGCUCGAGGCAACGACCUGUCGAAUGCAGCCCGGACUGUUCAGUGCUAGCACGCUCCAGCAGGCGUGGAAUCCCAGGUCCUGCACUUCAAUUCGGCCCCGGCAAGGACCAAAUUCGCGGAAUCCGUCGCGGAGUCCGCGGCCUGAAUUCGGAGUUACGGACGGAGGGACGGAGGGAAGAGAGAACGCCGCGUUCUCGUCGACCUCGCGGAACUCGAGAGGGAGGGGCAGGAUGGACGCGGCGAGCUUGCGUUAACGAUAAUUUAUUUGUCUCGUGCGUCAGCAAGUACCGUGAUCUCAGCUGCUCCACUGUCGCAGCCGCAUGGUGGCGCCCACUGGGGGUCGAGUAUAGUGCCAGCGGCGGUGCCGACAGAA